AUGUCCCCCAUUUCAGUAAGUGAGCUCAUCAACAUCCAAAUACAAACAGAUCACUGGAGGAAUUUACCGGCGAACGAUAGAGCUGUUACAGACGGGGAACAACAAAAAAAACGGCAUCCAAAUCACGCCGAGUAUCCGUACAGGUCGAACGGCGCCCACAGUGAAGUCGAGCCGGAGCCACGGCUUGCCGCUGCCGCUCCAGUGCAGCAGGCUCACUGGACCCGCGUGGAGGUCCCUGCAGCUCCCCCUCACGUUGUCCCCGCCCAGCCCGUGCUGGUUCCACCUGUGCUCGAUCGGCGCCACGCGUCCGGCGAACACCAGCAGGAACGGCGGCAGCGAGCCGAGUUCGUAGAUCCGGCUCGAACUCGUCUUCUGCGUCUCCAUCCACGCCUCUAUGCGGCGCGUGUACCCCAACCGCCUCCAUUUCCCCAGAUCUAUCACCAUCACCCCCGUGUUAAAGUAGCACGGCCGCCGGCCGGAGAACACGCUGGAGAAUCUCGAGUCCGACCAGAAAUGCUCGGUGAAAUACUUCGUGAAAUUUGCGUGGCAGUACUCGGGCGCGCCGAUUGUUUUCUUCCCCAAGCUCGUCCUCCACAGCUUCGAAAUGUCGUCGACGACGACCAGAUCUGA